AGUAAGACAGUUUUUGGGCUGCGUGAAGUUCGCAUGAAAUAGGCGUUUGUUUGAGUGGGAGGUUGUAAGGGAUCCGUCUGAUGUCCUAUUUAUUGCCAUUGUCAUCAUGUUCAACCCCUGGUUGGAAUGAUCCACCUGCAGUGCUUGACCCCACGAAGACAUCAUCACCGAGUACCGGUGCUUUGGCAAAUAGACAUCGGCGUCCCGUGCAUCCUUCCAUUCAAGCUUCCAAUAUUUCACCGACUUACACGAAUCCGGUGCAAUCAAUUUUUUCCCCGCAAGCUACAAAUCCAGCCCUAGUUCCAACUCAUAUUCCAACUGUAACCUCAGGUCAGGGGAUUACAGUCUGUGGAGCUCCUCUACAAUCAAUCUUUCCGACACCGGUGCCAAAUUAUGCCACAAUGGAUUCAUUUCUCCCAUAUUCUAAUUCCCCAUCAAAAGACAGAACGAAGGAUCAAUCGAUGGAGAAAUCUUCAUCCCUGCAGCAGCAUCGUUCUAUUUUUGAUGCGUUCAAUGUCCCAGUUGAUCCUCAGCAGCAGGCGCUACCGAAAUCGACAGGUCUAACAUACGAUACGUCUGCAGGGAAGCUUCAUGAGAGUUGUUUUCAGAAAUCCUUGGACUCGAAUUUACCUACUUUAGCAGGUGUUCAAGUUACACCUUCAAUUGAAAGAAAUCCGAAUGCUUUAAUUUAUGUUCCACCCAAUGUGAUAAGUGAAAAUAAUAGAAGGCCUGCUACAUCGCCAUAUCCAACUGAUUAUGUAGCACCUGUAAAGGCUGCUGGUGAUGUGUCUUUGAGUGGUCCUCAGCUUGUCCAAUUUUUGAUCAAAGCAACAUAUAGGCUCCCAUUUGGAGUCACUAGAGACGGAAUCCAGCUGCGUAUAAAUCAUCUGGGUGAAUCAAUGGAUGCCGGACAGGUGACAGAUAGUUGCAUCAAGAAACUGAAUUUUGUUGUUGAUGCACUGGAUCGUGGCUUAUUUGAUGAAGCAUAUCAAUUUUUUGAACAGUUACAAACAUCAUUUCCAAACGAAGCUCGAACUAGUUGGGCUCAGGGUAUUCGGUUAUUAUUGAAUGAAUUGAGGCGUCCAGCUCGCAUCGGUAGUGCUGGUCCAGCUCGUGUCGGUAGUGCUGGACCAACUCGACAUCUAUAAUCAGUGAAGCUGAAUAUCUGAAUUAAUUUCACUUCUAUUUUAUCCUCUAAGUUCCUGAAUUCUCGGUUAGGUUGUGGAUGUUUGUCUUCAAAAUUUAUUUGUAAGUUUGUGCCAAUUUGUUAAGCUCUUACUGCACAUUUUUAUUUAAAACUGAUAUAUUGCAAUAAAUGCUGAAAAACUGCCUAUCCUGUUCAGAUACCUCACGUUUUUUGACUAGAACGAAGAUGAGAUAAUUUUGAGUUCUAAAUAUUGGUGAUGGCG